UCCAACUUUGAUUUCUCAGCCUUGGAUUUAUGGAUGAUGAACGCAGAGGAGAAAGAAGAGAAAGUCCAACAUGUUCCUGAUUCAACACUGGAUCUCGACGGUAUGCCUGCAUGGCUGAGCGAAACGUGCCAACCGAGGAUUUUGGACGAUCAGACCAUUCUACACGCUACGGCGGUAGUCGCUUCGGAGGAAUUCAGUCCGGCACCUUCUGAAUGCAGCUCCACAAGCAACAGCCACUUUUUCAGCGAAGACGAACAGCUCAGCCCGAAUGAAAUGAAAUUUACAGAGAAAGAGCUGCGAGAGCUCUCCGUGAAAGACAUAAAUAGACUUCUCAAAGAACGAGGGCUGUCAAAAGAAGAAAUUGCCACAGUCAAACACAGGCGAAGAACUUUAAAGAACAGAAGAUAUGCUCAGCAUUCAAGGCUGCGAAGGAUAGAAACUAAAAACAAUCUGGAAGUGGAAAAGAAGAGCCUGUUGCAAGAGUUGGAACAGCUUCGAAAACAGGUGACUACUGUGGAACGAGAGCGCGAUAUGUACAAGGACAAGUACGUCAAGUUGCUGACUCAAGUUUCCAAAAUGCCAGGAAAGCUGAUCAAGAUUAGCCCUCUACCAAACUGAAGGAGACUUUUCUCCGUACAAACACUGCAAGGUUAUGCUAUAAAACACUGAAUUUUAUAGUUCCUUUGUACAUGUACAACUAAGUUAAGUGAAUCAACUGCUUAUCAGUACGAGGGCAGUUGGGCAACAUUGGGCAAGUUGUAACUUCGCUAUAAGUGAAAAAAAUUAACGUUGGACAUUCCCAUAGCUUUCGAUCAUAUCAUCUCUCAAGCUUGUUGUUCUUGUUUAAGAUGCUUAUAGUUGUUUUAGAAUUUUUAGCUCGUUGUUAGCUCGGUAUUUCAGACGACUAGUUAGCUAAAACGUUCCAGAACGUCGCGAAACGUUGCGUGACGUAAUGAUAUAUUUUUGUUAUUAAGUAGCGGUUGACCGCUGACACGUGAACGCGAGUUCAGUAGUUAGUGAGACGGAAUCGUUUCACCAUGUACAUAUAUUCUCUUUUUCUCAUGUAUUUAUUGAGCGAUCGCAACCAGUCGAGAGAAAAGCAAAAAAAAAACAAAACAAAUUAAAUUUUUCAAAAAGAAGAAAAAAUACAUUUUAAUUGAGAACAAGAAACUAUGGAAAAAAAUUAAACAUUUGAAUAAAAAAACCAAAAAUAUAGUUCUAUGGAGUUAUUAACUUUAGGAAUUCUUGAACUUUCUGGGCUGAUAAAGGGGGGAAGUUUUUUAUAGUACCCUUGCCCCACAGAUAGUUUUCUGAACAACUUAUCAAUAUUAUGUAUAUUAAAAAAUCAUGUACUCACAUGUUGAUGUUUAAUGUUGUUAUCCAAAGAAAAAUGUCCCAAAUAAAUCAAGCAACUGCAUGUCAGUUGGAUUUUGUUUCCUCAUUACCUAGUAGUGUGGAUAAAAAAAAGACAUUAAGUGGUAUUUGUACUGAUGCUGUAUAUAGUGUGUGUUAGUUGAAAUUAAAACACUUUACAAUUUCAAUAUUGUGUGGCUUAUUGCGAUCACCUCGGAGUUUUCUCCUCCCAGUCAUCUCAUCCCAAGCAUGAGUGGCAAGUAAUCAAGCCUAGUCAUCAUAUGGAUGUUGCAACAAACACAAUUUUAUUGUUUAACCCUUUAAGUCCCAAUAUCCACAUACAAAUUCUCCAAACUGAUCUCCAUACAUUUUCUUGAAGAAUUAGUUGAGAGAAUUUUGUCAAAGAUCAAAUUUUUUUUCUCUUUGUGAUCAUUUUGUUAAUUCUCAUAGACUUUGCUCAUGUUAGUCUAUGGAUAUCGUCAGGAGAAAAUUGAUUUUGAGCACUAUUGGGACUUAAAGGGUUAACCCUUCUUUCAACCCCAUAAGUGGUCAAAGACAAAUUUUACAAAUGUUCUGAAUUUCAAUCUGUAAAAUGCUAAGAACAAAAAGUACCAUGUGAAAGUACUGCCAAAGGAUGGUAACACCAAAGGCUUUUGUCCACAGACUAAAAAGUUAGAACCAUCUUACAAGACUCCAUGUAAUCAGUCAGACCUAAGGGAUUCUGUCUUGAACAGGCACUGCAUAAAAAUUUCUUAAGCAUACCCAUAUUAUCUCAACUAAAACUGUCUCCCCUGCCUUAGUCAAACACUAUCAAUAUACCCUAAAUUUGUCAAACCUUUCAAUAAUUCAAACCAAUUUCAUUUUCAUUCAGUAGGUUAAACAAAAAUCAAGAUUCUACUGUAGUAUUGAUUUCAAUCCCACUCAAAUAAUUUCAAGUUGACAUAUUAAAGAAAAAAAUAAAUGUUAAAUCUGAUGAUUCCACUAUUAGUACCACCCAUGUUACAUUCUCUCCUGGUGGCAGAGGAUUUACUAAAGCUUGUGUGUUCAACAAGCUAUGAUUGUAAGCAAAUUUCUUUGAUAGUUAAAAUAUUCUUUGAUCAUUUACAACACUAAUCUCUGUUGUUACUCCUUUGGAAAGGCAAUGUGUCCUUGAGAGACACUGCACUGACAAUAAGGUUUUCUUGACGCACCUACAAUCUUCUAUCUCAUGCAGUCAAAUUGCCCCUUAUAAGCUGCCACCUUGCAUUUAGGUAAGACAACAAAAAAAAUUUCCCAGUCAAAGCAUCAUUAGUUUGGUUCCUGUUACAGAAGCACACUGUUCACAUAACCGAUAUACUGUAAAAUUCCAAAAAUAAGCCCAGGGGCUUAUAUUUUUCAAAGGCCCUUUCUGAGGAGCUUACCGUAUUUUUGGAGGGGCUUAUAUUCAGAGGGGCUUAUCUAUGGAGAGAAAUUUGCGUUUCAAAAUUGAUUGGGCUAGCCUUAUAGUUUAGUAAAUUUACUGUUUUUGCUUUGUUUUACUUUGUAUUUGAGGGCAAUUUUCCAAGUACAAGCCCCCGGGGGACUUAUAUUCCGAGGGGCAAUUUAACGGAGGGUUUUUUGCAUUAACAGUUUGGGGGGCUUAUAUUUGGAGGGGCUUAUACUUGGAGGUGCCUAUUUUCGGAAUUUUACGGUAACACCUCAUUCUAAAAAAAUGUAGACUGUAGUUCAACAUUCCAAGCCACUGAGAUCACAGUGGCAGCAAAAAGACAAUAUCCGAGGACAAUAAUAUCAUUACAAAAUUGGACUGUUGAGAGAAUCAAGGAUGUUGCCAUUUUAAGGCAGUUCAACUCCUUGUUGACACUGAUUGCAAAGCUUUCAGAAAGUUGUCAUACUUCAUCAAAAUCAUUCUAUCUUUUUGAAAAGAUAUCCAUACUUGAGCAACCUGACCUUCAAUAUACAAAAUGCUAAAACUAGUAAUUUGUGAAUUUUUGCAAAAACUUUGAUUUCUUAACAAGUUGCCGGCCAUAAGUAAUGGAACUGUGAACACUGAGAAGCAUGCAUAUGGUCGAUAUGAAAAAUGUUCUGUGUUUUGAGUGUUGUGAAGGCCGGUGCUUGACGAUAAAGUGUCCAGAAUAAAAUGUACAGGGUUGUUUAACUCUUCAAGUUUGAAACGAGGUGUUGACAGGCUAAACACAACUCAUAAGCUUGUGAUAGUGCAAAAUGUGAACUUUGCCUUGGAGUUAGCUUGAACUAGUCUAGGUUAUGGAGAACACUCUGACUGAGCAAAUCUUACUUUUGCCACUCUGAGUCUAGCAUUUAGAGGUCAUGAAGCUGGUCUGAAACAUGCAUACUGAGCAUUAUUUCCUGUGGUCUGGAGUACAAUGCCCCACAGUUCCUCCAUUGGCAAUUACUUUUGUUUUAGCUUGAUAGUCUAUGCGACUGUACUGGUAGUGCAUUUUUUGUUACAAGUGCCUAAAGCAAGACUGCUGCAACAGAAUUAAAAGGUUUCUUGUCAGUUGCUACUAUGGUAUCAGUCUUAACUUUGUGUACUUUAUUCUUGUUUAGCCUGUCAACACUAUUUUCAAACCGAAGUUUUCCUUAGCACGUUCAGCCAAUAAUAAAAGGUUUUCUGUUUCAGAAAGGUAACAGCCAAUCAUAUUUGCAAAAGUAGGUGAUGUCACCGGACAACAUUAUAAUGCUUGGAAUUCAGACAUCUCUCUCCCCUGCGCCCCCACGGGUUAGGGGGUGGAGAAAUGUGACAAUUGCAAUUAGUCUAAUUACCGUUCACAGAAAUAAUUGCAGAAUAAACGGCAGCAUUUAUAUAAAUAUGCACAUGCUUUGUGUCAGCUACACCUUGGGAAUCACAGUUAUGUGCAAAUUCAAUCAAAAGAAUACUAAUUCUAAAACUAGUAAUGCUCAAUCUCUCUCAAUGACAUUAAAAGGGUUCUACUUCAAUUUACAGCAGUUUCAAGCAUGAAUUGCAGCCCGACCUGUCACAAAGACCUACAUAGAGAGCUCGAUAUAUUGGUAGUCUAUGAGGGGGAUUUAGACUGCAUGCCUACAGCACAAGCUAACUUUAAUCUAAACUGCAAAAAACUUUAAACAAAUAGCAUAGUCGAUGAAGAAAGAGCAAAUGCAGAAAUGAUCCAAAGCAUUGAAUAUAUUCUACAGAACUAGAUAGAUGCUAUUUUUGUAGUGGCUAAUGGUAGCAGAUGUUUGAUGAGCAAGCCCUACUUAAUGUUCCAUAGCAACUACAUCAUUCCCUAGUCUCACUUCUCAGGCUCAUACACAGUGAGUUGAUGGAUUUUUCCCAAACUUUUCCAUGUCAAAAGUUGAAAAACCAUGGAAUUGUCUUUGCUAAAGGCGACUAAUCUUUGUUUAAGGUUUGAUGAAUACUACAUGAAGAUGCAUCGAUAUUUCAUUCACUUUACUUACUUCGAUCAUUCACCAACUUAAUUCAGUUCUUAAUUGUUAUUUUCAUGAAUAUAAAAUAUUUCUUUCUUUCUGAUUGGCUUAAAUCAAAUCCCCUGGGAAAAGCUACACAGGAUAACACAUAACACAAUUAUUGAUUAAUGUCAUUAAUGAUUAAUCAACUUCCCAUUAACUUUAUGAAUGGCAUGGGCCCUAACACAAGCUAAAAUUCUCUCCAAAAAUUAAGUGCUGCUUAACAAUCAAAAAUCAGACUUACGAUCAGUUAAUGCCACGUAGCUUUCCAAUAAUUUUUUUCACAAAUAACUACUUGAACAUGACGUAACCAACGUAACAAAUAAAUUGGACCAGUAGUUGCGGUGCAUCUUCAAUGUCACUUGUGACGCGGUCAUGAAAAUUCUUGCACGAANUUAAUUCAGUUCUUAAUUGUUAUUUUCAUGAAUAUAAAAUAUUUCUUUCUUUCUGAUUGGCUUAAAUCAAAUCCCCUGGGAAAAGCUACACAGGAUAACACAUAACACAAUUAUUGAUUAAUGUCAUUAAUGAUUAAUCAACUUCCCAUUAACUUUAUGAAUGGCAUGGGCCCUAACACAAGCUAAAAUUCUCUCCAAAAAUUAAGUGCUGCUUAACAAUCAAAAAUCAGACUUACGAUCAGUUAAUGCCACGUAGCUUUCCAAUAAUUUUUUUCACAAAUAACUACUUGAACAUGACGUAACCAACGUAACAAAUAAAUUGGACCAGUAGUUGCGGUGCAUCUUCAAUGUCACUUGUGACGCGGUCAUGAAAAUUCUUGCACGAAGUGAAACUUUCCUGCUUGCAACUCUCUCCUAGUUUUCUUUUUUCAGCAUCUCGUGAAUAUGAACAGAAAUUAAACAGUUAAAUAUUGAUCCCGGUGAAACAUGUACCCUAAAGUGCAGCUUGCAAACUGCUGCACUCAGCCAAACGAUCACAGGUUUUGCAUUUGAGCGGAAACGUUGCUUUCACGUGACAAAGUUGGUUUGUCACUUCACCGGUUCACCCCUCCCCAUUUAGAACUGAAACCAAGGGCCAGUUGGACGACCCGUCUUGGACGCAUUUCGAGUCCUUCCAGUUUGUACCGCUGUUUGUAGUCCGAACAAGUACCAAAGCUUCCGCAAACUUUGGAAACGUUUCAGUUGGCCGGGGGGGGGGGGAUCCGGCAAAGUUUAGAGGGAUUCUGUCGAUAUCUUACAUGGGAGGGGGUAGGGUAGUUUGGUAAUUUCCUUUCCCCUAAAAGGUUUUCAAAAAACUUGGAUUUCACUAGCUUAACCAUAAAAGACUGGGCUUUCUAUUAUCCAUGGCUUAACACUGAGAAGGCCUCUUGGAAAUUGUUCUUUCAGAAUAUCCUGACAAAUCCCAUAAUUUCAGAAACUUAAUUUUUAUGACGUCAUCACCUUAGUACUCUAUUACAGCUUCACUACUAUCUUUGAAUAUAUUUACUUAAUAUUAUAUACCUUGCCUUAAUCGCCGGGCUGUAGCAGCCAGUAAUCCGUGGAGAUCAUCUAAGGUCUCUAAGAGCUGAGAGCCAGCGCCAGGCGGGUCGGUUUACUGGCGCGGGAAGACUGAGCCAGUAGCAGGGCGCUUUUUUUAGAAUGGCGAUAACCAAUCAAAGCAGCUCGACUAGGCAAAAUUUAUGAUUUUACAUUUAAAUAAAAAAAAGGUCAACUUGACUCCGCAAUAUAGUUUUCGGUAGGUACCAAACAGCCAAAUUUAAUUUUUUUUUAAAAAAAACGUAUUGGCGAAGGAUAAUUUGUCAGUCGUACAGUCAUCGAAUUUCGCAAUGGCAUUAUAUGGACUAUAAAUGAGGAAAAGCGAGGUCCAAAUUAACUUUGAAAAUGGUAAAACUGUAUAUACUUUUCUUUAAAAAAAAAAUGGCUCUAACAUGGCGUUCUAGAAAUUGCUCUGCAUUCUCUGCUGUGUAGCAUAUAAAUUACUUUAAAUUAAUAACGGUGUCACUACUACAGUAAUUUUUUCCUAGGUGGUAAAAUGAAUUAUUAACGAAUGAGGUCUAUAUCAGCGGGAGAGAUGAGAAAUCCGAGCUCUCUAUAAGCUAUAAACAUAAAGGGAAUUCAGAGAAUGAUUAUGAGCUGGACAAAAACAAUUGCAAAAAACAUGUAUGUAGUGCACCAAUGCAUUUGCUUGUUUUGUUAUACUUUAUAGCAAACAGGUGCAGUGAAUUUACUAUUACUCGAAUCACAUUUAUCCUCAACAGCAUAGAUGAACGCAAAAAUUUAAAAUUAACUCCGCAAGAACAGUCUUUCGAAAGUUGUCACCAAAAAAAAUAAUUGUGUUCUGUUCUCGGAUGUACAUGAAAAAUGGGAAACAAACAGGCGGCCUUUACAGAAGAUCAGCUUGAAGAUUAUCAGGUUUUCGUUUUAUAACCGAAAAAUAUGUGUUAUCCAUUAUAAAAUCAGUUCAAGCGUAAACAUCUAUCUGGAAGUGGCACAUAGUUUAGCUUUACUUCUGUAUUUUAUUUUUAUCGUUUCAGGACUGUACUUACUUUAACCGAGCUGAUAUAUUAAGGUAAGUUAGAAUAACUGCUGAGAUAAUUAAGAUCUCAUGCAUUUCUNAAACGUAUUGGCGAAGGAUAAUUUGUCAGUCGUACAGUCAUCGAAUUUCGCAAUGGCAUUAUAUGGACUAUAAAUGAGGAAAAGCGAGGUCCAAAUUAACUUUGAAAAUGGUAAAACUGUAUAUACUUUUCUUUAAAAAAAAAAUGGCUCUAACAUGGCGUUCUAGAAAUUGCUCUGCAUUCUCUGCUGUGUAGCAUAUAAAUUACUUUAAAUUAAUAACGGUGUCACUACUACAGUAAUUUUUUCCUAGGUGGUAAAAUGAAUUAUUAACGAAUGAGGUCUAUAUCAGCGGGAGAGAUGAGAAAUCCGAGCUCUCUAUAAGCUAUAAACAUAAAGGGAAUUCAGAGAAUGAUUAUGAGCUGGACAAAAACAAUUGCAAAAAACAUGUAUGUAGUGCACCAAUGCAUUUGCUUGUUUUGUUAUACUUUAUAGCAAACAGGUGCAGUGAAUUUACUAUUACUCGAAUCACAUUUAUCCUCAACAGCAUAGAUGAACGCAAAAAUUUAAAAUUAACUCCGCAAGAACAGUCUUUCGAAAGUUGUCACCAAAAAAAAUAAUUGUGUUCUGUUCUCGGAUGUACAUGAAAAAUGGGAAACAAACAGGCGGCCUUUACAGAAGAUCAGCUUGAAGAUUAUCAGGUUUUCGUUUUAUAACCGAAAAAUAUGUGUUAUCCAUUAUAAAAUCAGUUCAAGCGUAAACAUCUAUCUGGAAGUGGCACAUAGUUUAGCUUUACUUCUGUAUUUUAUUUUUAUCGUUUCAGGACUGUACUUACUUUAACCGAGCUGAUAUAUUAAGGUAAGUUAGAAUAACUGCUGAGAUAAUUAAGAUCUCAUGCAUUUCUCUAAAACAAAUUAAACACAAGGUACAAGAGUAUACAGAGUUAUAUGUAUUAAAGUGAUAAACAGUUAUAUUUCACGCGCGAUCGAUCUCAUUUUCAUGAUCAGACUAUUAAGCUGUUCGAAAAUUAAUUGUUGCUUUUAACCUGCACAAUUUAUAGAUCUCGAAAACUGAAAAGGUUGAUAUUAACGUCAUACGUGAUACUCAUGACAAUUUUGUUCAUUUUUAAUUUUAUCUUUUUUUUAAGUUAAAGCCAACGAAAGACAGUCAUGAGUUUUAAAGGACAAUUACACAACAAAUGUGGCCACGCAAUCAUUUUUGGCUAUUUUGAUAACGUGAUUUAAAUCCCUGUAAAGUGGUGCUAUAAAUUUUCAUAUAACCCCAUCUAUCAAAUGCACCUUCAACUUCUCAGUCGAAACUUCCUCCCGAUGGAAAGCACCAUGUAGGAAAAACAUUGGACCACUUGCAGUUAUUAAACGCCUGUAGUCUUGACGCGACGCCUUGGGACCCAAGUUCUCUACACAAAAUAUUUACUAACAGUUAUAUAUGUGAGAGUAUCUCUUGGAUACCACUCGACUAGAUCAACGCCUCAGUCCUUCACGUAUCUUUGAAAUUAUAUUAUGUAAAGGGGGUGGCCCGUUUCCGUCGGCCUUUGACUAUCUGCUAUUCAAUUCAUGCUUUUAAUAAUUGUUAUUACGCUUAAGAAUCACUCCAAGAAGUUUAAAGCCGGGGCUUUUAUUCCCUCUUCUGUUUGCGGGAUAGAAUUUCUCAUUUGUUACUGUUUUCAGAAUUCACAAGAGAUACAGCGAAUUGAACACAGAAGUUAUUCCGAAGGACUUUACAGAACUUGAUGUCCAACCAAAACUGAAAUAUAAAUUCCUUCAGCAGCUUCCAGAACUUAAAGUAAGAUAAGCUAAAUUAGGGAUUAAUGAUUUUAUUGUAUCAAAAAUAAGGUGCGAGCUGAUUUUUCAUGGUUUCUUGAAAGGGAUGGGUUGGCCCGCCGACUGUACACAGGCUAUGGCGGUUGAAUUGGUGAAGGACUGAAGGUUGUGCCCGGAGUCCCAAGGCCAUUAUCCUAAUAACGAUAUAUCCUAAGUUAUUGUUCCUAUUAAAAGGCCUACUAAUUUGAGAAACCUGAUAGUUCAGUUAUAUCUUACUUUAAGACGGCUUGGUAGAUCUGGCGUAUAAGGUCUUUACAGCCAGUAAGGCACGGAAACAUGAAAUAUAUAUAUGCGUUAUUGACCAAGGUGGUGAGGUCACAGAAAGCUGAACAUCGGCCAAGUUUUUUUUUCUUUUAUUUUUUUUGCCUUUUUUAUGGACCGAGACCGAGUCGAGUUCUAUCAAAACUUUUAAAGGAAACUGAAGACGAGUCCAAUAUCCAGCCAUCUUUACCUCAACAUGGUCACUAAAAGAUUUAUUAUGGGCCAAAAAGAGAAUUUUUUCUUGCGAGACCAACAUGCACAAGGGGAAAUCCCGAGCAAGCAGGCAAUUAAGAUGAGCAGCAACAGUCAGGCUCCCUUUCUGUUUCUUGGCAGGAGAAUCCCUUUAGAAGGAGGAUCUGCGAGGUAUUUUCACUGAAAGGAGACGGUGCCUUAACAUUUGACGACUUUCUGAACAUGAUGUCAGUUCUUAGUGAAUCGGUGAGUUUGACAAUCGACUGGAAAACUGUUUAGACUAUUUACUCUCUUACUGAUUCGUGAAGGCGACUUAUCAUCUUAGUAAGUAAGGUUGAUGACAAUUUACCAAAAGCACAAAAGUCGUGAAUUUUUCGUUCUCAUUUUACAGGCACCAAGAGAACUGAAGGCAAAGUACGCAUUCAAGAUAUUUGGUAAGACUAGAAGUCAAAAGUCGUAAUAGCGCAAAUUUCCCCAACCCGGCCCCAAAUCAUGGAUACGCGUUUGAGGCUUUUUGAGGCGCACUUAACUUCUUGUUGCGAUUGAGGCAUCAUUCUCGAAAAAAAAAUCGAAGAUGAUGUGGGGGAAAAUGUUUUGUACGGUUUCAGGUGAUUUGUCCAACUUCUGGCCAACAGUAAAGGGUUGACUACUUUCUAGGCCGAAAAUACCUGUUAACUUAGGAAGAAACGUGGGAAGUCCAGAAGGCAAUCCAUACAAAUAUCUCAAAAGACGCAGCAAAGCCAAUACUUAGCGUAUGCGUUGUCCUUCGUUUUAAGGCCGGGCAAUGACUUAACAACAUUAAUUACAAAAAAAAACUUUAUUUCAAGAAUUUAACUUAAGUUAUUACAUUGACCCGCAGGUAGCAACUGCUAACCUAGGCGGGACGGACGAAAAACUGAGGGUUAAUUAACUGUUACAGUAAAGUAUUAUUACAUAAACACAGAGUUAAGGUAACGAUAACUUUAGAAGUUUAAGAGAAAAUCAGUUGAAACUUUAUAAACACUUAAUUAUUUAUUUAGCCAGCCAAACUUUUUGUAUAAUGAUAGGUGUUUCAAUUAUAGUAAUUUUCUUUUACUAAAAUAUCUAGAUUUAAGUCGGCGAAUUUCUCUUUUAAAUUCUUUCUUGGGUAGAUUUCCCUGGCACCCGUGCUCCUCACUUCACUUUGAUCUGCUCACUUUUUGAGAUAAGGCACUAACUGGGUACGUAGCUCUACUUUUAAAAUCUAUUUCUGCUUUAUCAAGAUUUUGAUGGCGACAAUUAUCUCGGUAAGGAAGACUUAAAACUGACCCUGCGAGCCAUCACAGCAAAUGAACUUUCCGACGAAGAGAUGGAGUUUGUCACUGAUAAGGUAAACGAUGUCGUGCAUUUUCUGGUAAAAAUCUAGACACGUGUGCUAAUUACUUGACCGUGCUUACUUUUCGGAAAGUGAAUUCAGUUGCAACCUGACAUCAGGCUCUAUUUUCGUUUCGCUUUAAAAAUUACAUUCCUGCUGGCAUGGCAUGGUAGCCGUUAGAGAGAAUGUAUGAGAACCGCUAAAAUUGGGCCUGAUCUCAGGUUAAUUCAGUUGAUGCUUUUCAAAUUGAAAUUGUAUGAACGGCACAAUUCAUAUGGUGACCAUCUAUAGCCGUCCCAUCGGCGUUCGUUUGAUUUUACAAAAUGGGUCAAAACUUUCUUCCUCUCGAUUUAUAUCUUUUUGCCGUCGUUUCGUUUAUUCUGACCAAGAUUGCGGCAAUCUUGGACAAAAUAGAUGUAGAAAGACCCACCCCCGAGAUCCAUAUCAAUGUUUGGAAAAGGUCCGCUUUGACCCAGUUGCGCGGCUUCAUCCUUGAUCAGUUUGGGGAAUGGCGAUCAGGGGUCUGCAUUUCUUUUUUGUUCUGUCCAAAAUUGUAGUUUGACAGCCGGUAUUUCGCACUCGGGCCUAUACUAUCGAAACCGGCAAUGAGAAGCGAAGGACUACUGAGAACGUAUAGUACCCUGCUGAGUCUCUCACUAGUCCCUUCACGCCAGUAAUCUUGAUGACGAUUGGCAGUUUUGAAAAUAUUUAAAACUUAGCUUGUCCAUUUUGUCUCAAUAGUUGUUAGAGGAAGCAGACCUGGACGAAGACGGCUUGUUAUCUUUUGCGGAAUUUGAAAACGUUAUAGCGAGGUCACCAGAGUUCAUGAAGUGAGUUCUAUUCUCCGUUGCAGAUUGAUGCCGGACUUAGUUUCCUGUUAGGAGCCCAUCAAUUGAUGGGGUCCUGUUUCCUGUCGUUCCCAGUCGUCUCUCGGUUUCCUAUUUAAUUAGGUUGAUUUAGCAACAGAACGGGAACGCAAUUGACGACGGGAAAGCGCACGGAAGGAAGUGCAGGUGACUUCCGGUGCUCAAUUUGCGGCUCUGCCAUUGGUCAAGCCAGUUGUUUGAUUUGCGUGCGCCGUCGUCAACUGCGCGGUCAAGGGAAGCCCAGGGGAUAAACAUGGAAAAAGUCUCUUCCUUUCCUCUGUUACCUUCCCAUCGUCCCCUUCGCACCAGAUACCAUAAGAGCCUCCGGCGACCGUUCUGUGACCGCUUAACAUAAGAGACGACUGGGAACGAAUCAGCUUUCUUUAUGAAAUUCCGAUUUAUGUCAACGUUUCUACUUAAAUACGUUAAAACUGAAUUCUCAUGAGGAUUCUUUUUAUUAUUCAUUCCAGCAAUUUCCACAUCCACAUUUAG